CAGUUCCUCUUUCCUUCCUAAACACGGUGGACGCUCCAGCUCCCAGGGGCCUGACAAUCUGGUUAGGGAAGAAACCGGAUCACUCUCCUGUCAGGACCCCCCUUCCCGCCCCCUCCAAGAAACAUGAACCGGAAAGACAUCAAAAGGUAAGAGGACCCUCCCCAAGGAGACCUGGGAGAGCCAAAGUCCUGGUGCAGCUGGCUGUAGGGAGGUGGGGGAGAAAAUAGGGGUGGGAAGUGCCCCACUCCUCCAAGACCCGGCUCCAGUGGGGUUCAAGGAUGAGAUGCUUCAGAGAGCUGAGCACCUGCGUCUCCGUUACUGCUGCUGUCUCUCCUUGGAGUUUGAGCUGUCCUGUGUCUCUCCUUCCUAGCUCCCUCAACUGGCUGCCCCUGUCUUCCCCCGGGGUCUUCUCUGUUCCCUGUUAUGGUCACUGUUCCCCACCCCCACCCCGGACUGGAAACUCCAGGCUCCUGCAGGACCGUGUCCCAGGAGAGAGGUUCAUGACGUAGGUCUAGGCAGCUUCCCUGACUCUUAAACCACUCCUGGCUGCUCCAGACACUACGGGGGCUGCUGGUCUGCAGGUAAGGGGCAGCAGGGUCUGAAAUGGGCUUCUGUCUCCUGGCUUUGCUUGCCCACCAGUCCCCAUAAGGAAGGAUGGUGAUGGGUCCCCAACCAGGAUAGCUCUUCCAGCCUCCCUAGCAUGACCCUGAUGAGCCAAGGGGUUCAGUAUAGUGAGAGAAUCCUAGUUGCCUCGUCCUCUGCCUGCGUGGGCUUAGGUAAGUUACUCAACUACUCUGUCUCGGUUUCUGCUUCUGUCAGAGUUAUCAUGGAUACCACUUCAAAGGGGCUUUAAACAUCUUAUCCUGCUUAGACAACUGCACAGCUAUAUAGGGGGACUUGCAAAGCCCAAGCCCUUGGACUCACCCGGAAAGUUUUAGCUUUUGUGAGGCCGUGGACCGGUCUGAGAAGCUGUGCUUGCAUGGAAUGUUCAGGAAGGCGAUACUGGUUCUUGGUGUGGGCGCCUAAAAAAAAAAAAAAAAAAAAAAAAAAAAAAAAAAAAAAAAAGGCAAGAAACACUGAGCCUUACAGAGUGUUCAGCCCUCAGCCUGCUUCCUAGUCGAUGCUCAAGGUGUCCAUUUUAUUUAACAUUUAGCAGCUGUCGUAAGCCCUUAUGAUGUUGCACAGGACAUGACAGAUUUUUUUUUUUCUUUUUUUCGGAGCUGGGGACCGAACCCAGGGCCUUGCGCUUGCUAGGCAAGUGCUCUACCACUGAGCUAAAUCCCCAAUCCCGACAUGACAGAUUUUAUUUUAGGACGUCCCUGUUUGUGAUUUCACACCCAUGCCAUGCUGAAAGCCUGGAUGCCUCCUUCUGUCUUGGUUGGAGUGUGUGUGUGUGUGUGUGUGUGUGUGUGUGUGUGUGUGUGUGUGUGUGUGUAUGUGUGUUGUUGUUGUUGUUGUUGUUGUGAUUGUUAUUGUUUUCGUUUUUGAGAGUUUUGCUCUGUAGCCAAAGCUGGCCUCAAACUUGCAACCCACCUGCCUCAGUUUCCCAGGCAGCUAGGAUUACAAGAGAGUGUCACGACAUGAGCUUUCUUUCCUAUCUGGAGGUCAGCUUCCUCCUCAUCAACCAGGACCUUUUGAGGAUCCAGGCUUUCUAACAUGUGGGGGAAAAAAAAUCCAAGGAUGACUCUACCUUUUCCUGUGAAGAAAACAAGGGCCAGAAAGACGCUGGGUUACUUACUAAAAGGCCCACGGCCAUCAGAAAUUUCUGGAACCCAGUUCUAGAUGACUCUGAAGACUAGACCCUAAUCCCUCCCUCUGGUCCCCCUUCCUCCCACCACCCCCUUUUCCCCACCUGGGACCGACACCUUGGGAGGCCUAUGACAGGGAAGGUUAUUUUUAAACUUUCCUUGAAGCUACUACGGCCCCAGGGACCACCCCUACCACUCAGGAGCCCCAGAGAAGCUCCAGUGUACUUCCUCUCCUGGCUCCAAAAUGUGGGGAACAGGCUGGAGGCUAAGACUCUUGGGUAUGCAAAAGCUAGCUUGGAUGAGGGGGUCCUGUUGCCUUGCAGGGGAUGGGGGUGGUGAGGUUGAUUCCAAGAGGCCUGACCACAUAGGUCGUCUCCAUCGCUAGGACACAGAAGUAUAACUUCUACAGAAUUGGGGAAGGGAGUGACCCUCCGGCUUUGGAAGGAACCUGAAGUCCAACUCAUGAGACAGCAUGGAAAGCCAGGGGUCUGUCCUAGGGUCCUAGGAGUAGGCCCUAGGAUAAGUCCUGAGGGGGAAGGGGGGCUCUACUUACAGCAAAUUCAUGGUGCUUUGGGACUGUGUCGUCAAGAGGAAUUUUUGUGGCAAUGAUGGAGGAAAAACAGGGGAGAGGCAAAAUACUACGUGUUUUCCUUUAUAUAUGAAACUCGAUGUAAGUGUGUGUAGACACACAUACGUGCAUGCCUGCACAUGUGACACAAAGGCAGAAGGACAUGUGGGGCAGGGAAGGAACCAAGGAGAUGAGAGAGGGCAGACGGGUGACAGACCGGAGCAAGGCGCCAGUACGAAGACACGUAUUACAUGUGAACAGUGUCAUAGGGAACCCCAUUAUUUUGUACACUAGCUGUAAAAACAACACUUAAAAGCAAAACAAGGAAUGCUGUCAAUGGGCCUUGCUCCUGGAUCUUUGGUCUAAAAAAUUUUGGGGGUUGUCACCCAUGAGUCCCUCCUGGGUAUCUCUGAGAUCUGAUCUGCGAGAACUUUGGUCCGUGGUGCCGAGAGGGAUUGGAGACCAGAAGAACUUCGGGAGUGUACUUAGAGAGCGGGGCUCCCGGGAUGCUUCCAGGUGGGCUUCUGUGUGUGUGCAUUUGUGUGUACCUUACAGGAAGUCUCAUCAGGAAUGCUCUGGGAAGGCAGGAGGGCAUGGUCGGCCGAGACAGGCCCGCCGCCACAAGACGUGUCCCACCCCCCGGGAAAUCAGCAAGGUCAUGGCUUCCCUGAACCUGGGCGUGCUGAGUGAGAGCAGCUGCAGUGUGGAUGAGCUACUGGAGGAAUGCAUCCGGUGCUUUGAUUCAGCUGGCAGCUUACACCGAGGGGACCACAUUCUCAAGAUGGUGCUUACCAUGCACAGCUGGGUGCUGCCAUCCUCAGACCUUGCCGCCCGCCUGCUGACUUCGUAUCAGAAGGCUGCCAAAGAUGCCCGGGAGCUAAGACAGCUACAGAUCUGUUACCUGGUCAGGUACUGGCUGACCCAUCACCCCGAGGUAGUGCACCAGGAACCCCAGCUGGAAGCAAUCAUAAACCGGUUUUGGACCACUGUAGCUCAGGAGGGCAACAUGGCCCAAAGGAGCCUAGGAGAUGCCUCCAAUCUGCUGAGUCCUGGAGGGCCCGGUCCCCCACCUCUCAUGAGCAGCCCAGGCCUGGGCAAAAAGCGGAAAGUGUCCUUGCUGUUCGAUCACCUGGAGACAGAGGAGCUGGCACAGCACCUUACUUACCUGGAGUUCCGGUCCUUCCAGGCCAUCACGCCCCAAGACCUGCGGGGCUAUGUUUUGCAGGGCUCGGUGAGAGGUUGUCCUGCUCUGGAAGGUUCUGUGGGUCUGAGCAACAGUGUGUCCCGCUGGGUACAGGUCAUGGUGCUGAGUCGUCCUGGGCCUGCGCAGCGUGCCCAGGUACUGGACAAAUUCAUUCGUGUGGCACAGAGGCUUCGCCAGAUGCAGAAUUUCAACACGCUGAUGGCGGUCACGGGGGGUCUGUGUCAUAGCGCCAUCUCCAGACUCAAGGACUCCCACGUCCAUCUGAGCCCUGACAGCACUAAGGCCCUGCUGGAGCUGACAGAGCUUCUCUCUUCCCACAACAACUAUGCCUACUACCGCCGCACCUGGGCCAGCUGCACUGACUUCCGGCUGCCAGUACUGGGUGUUCACCUCAAGGACCUGGUAUCUCUGUAUGAGGCCCAUCCAGACAGGUUGCCAGAUGGCCGCCUGCACCUACCCAAGCUGAAUAGCCUCUAUCUACGGCUGCAGGAGCUGGCAGCACUCCAGAGACAGCAUCCCCCGUGCAGUGCCAAUGAGGACCUGCUACACCUGCUGACGCUCUCCCUGGAUCUCUUCUACACGGAAGAUGAGAUCUACGAGCUUUCUUAUGCCCGGGAGCCACGUUGUCCCAAGAGUCUGCCCCUAUCCCCCUUCAAAGCGCCUGUGGUGGUAGAGUGGGCCCAUGGUGUGACGCCAAAGCCAGACAGUGCGACUCUGGGUCAGCAUGUGGAACAGCUAGUGGAGUCCGUGUUCAAGAACUAUGACCCAGAAGGCCAUGGCUCUAUUUCUCUGGAGGACUUUGAGAAGCUGUCAGCCAACUUCCCCUUUGCCUGCCAUGGGCUUCACCCACCUCCCCGCCACGGGAGUGGCUCCUUCAGCAGAGAGGAGCUGACCAAGUAUCUGCUCCAUGCCAGCGCCAUCUGCUCCAAGCUGGGCCUGGCUUUCCUGCACGCCUUCCAGGAGGUCACCUUCCGCAAGCCCACCUUCUGUCACAGCUGCAACGGCUUCGUGAGCACUGGCCCUCUCUGGGGCGUCACCAAGCGAGGCUAUCGCUGUCAGGACUGUGGGCUGUGUUGUCACAGACACUGCAGGGAUCAAGUGAGAGUGGAGUGUAAGAAGAGGCCAGAGACUAAAGGUGACCCGGGUCCCCCUGGCGCACCCGGGCCAGCCACACCACUUCCUCCUACCGGCUGUGGCUCCGAGGAAGGUCUCUCCUAUACACUCUCCCCGCAUCUGGAGUCUGGUUGCCACCUUCACCAUGCUUGGACUCAGACGGAGUCCUCACACUCUUCCUGGGAGCCAGAGAUGGUGCCCUGCCCAGCACCAGUUUUACCAUCCAAAGCUUCCUCAAAGUCCAGUGUCUGAACAGCAUCUGGAGCCUCUUCCCUUACUCCCCUACCCAAUGCCUCUUCCACAUCUGCGCUGCCUCUGACGAGGUACCUGCCAUCUUUCCCCCUAAAAAAAUGUUCUUUGGCACUGCACUGACUGCCAGCCAUGCUCCUUCCCCCAACUCUGCAGCUCUGUGUUAGAUGCAUUUGGACUCCAGUUGUGUCAGCUCCCCACUUGGCAAAGAAGACGAAAACUCAGUAAGGUUAACCCUCAGGCCCACAGUGUGGGAGGCAAGAGUCGCACCUGUUUUAAAACUGGAGCUCUGAACCAGUGGACCACAUGGACUGUUGGCAUGGGAUUGGGGAGCUGUGGGGGUGGAGGGGACAGGAAAGGGGCUGGCGUGGGCAGUGUGUGUGAAACAUCUUCCACAGCUUGCUCAAGGUAAACCCCAGUCUUGUGGUUUACUGCAAGGUCUGUCCCCAUCACCUGUCUUCCCUUCCCACAGCUCACCUCUGCUCAUCCUUUCACAGACACUGGCCUCUAGGUUCCUAGAAUAUGCCCCCAAAUAUUCCUACCCCAGGGCCUUUGCACUCCCUCUUCUCUUCACCUGCAAUGCUCUUUGCCUGCAGUCUAUAUGACUCACCUGCUCUAGAACUUUGCUCCAGUGACAACUCCUUAGGGAGGCCUCCUGACCUCAAGGCUUGUUACGUAGACAUGCUCUGACCCUUGCCCCCUUCUGCUUUAUUUCCCUCCGUGGUACUUUGGUCCUCUAACAAGCUAGACAUUCACCUAUUUAUCUCAUUAAAGGUCUGCCCCUCCUUGCCAGGAGUGGCUCCCCAAAGGCAGAGAUGCUCACCUGUAUUGUCCAGGUGUGCCUAGACCUGGCAGAGUUGGUACCAGGGAGCGCCUACAAAGUCCUGGUCUGAUGAUGCUUCAAUGUGUCUUUUCCCACACCCCCAUCAGAACCAGAAGGCUUGUCCAGACUUGGGGGUGGAAAUCCGCUGCCCCUCCACAAACCCAUAUACCCCCUGACCUGGUUUCCAACAGAAACAAGAACCUAUAACAAUCAAAAGAAUUAAAUUUAUUUUUCACACAA